GAGUCAGUCCCGGAGGCACCUGCUACGAGGAGUCGCCCACGCUGGGGGCAGCGGACGCCGGUUCCACCUAAGCCACGGGUCUCCGAGGUCCCUCGGGGCUUUCUGACGGCUUCGCUACCGGUCCGCCCGGUUCCUCGGAGCUUCCCGCCGUCUUUCACGGGCGCUCAGCGGCCGCCGAAGCUGUCUCACUGCCACGGCCCGAGCAACACUCCGUGAAGCCCGGACCACAGGCCGGAAGCCACCUCCGGGCCCGCCCCCUGCCCGCCGGAGCCGGAAGUUGCGACCCCACGGUACGUCGCCCUUCGCGGGCCGCGCCUCACCAUGCUCCGUGGCCUGCGCCGCCUCCUCAGGGUCCCCGAAGUCCCAGUUGCGGCCCUCGCUGUGGCGCUGCUCUCGUCGCUGUCGCGCUGCUCCCUCCUGGAGCCGCGGGACCCUGUGGUUUCGGCACUCAGCCCCUACUUCGGCACCAAGACUCGCUACGAGGAUGCCACCCCUGGGCUGCUGCCGGAUCCCGAGGCGCCGCGGCGGGACCCGGAGCUGCUGGAGACCUGCACCCCGGUGCAGCUGGUCGCGCUCAUCCGUCACGGCACCCGCUACCCAACGGCCAAACAGAUCCGCAAGCUGCGGCAGCUGCACGGGUUGCUGCAGGCCCGCGGGCCCGGGGACGGCAGGACCGGCGCUGUCAGCGGCCGCGACUUGGGCGCCGUGCUGGCCGAUAGGCCGCUGUGGUACGCUGACUGGAUGGACGGGCAGCUGGUGGAGAAGGGGCGGCAGGACAUGCGACAGCUGGCGCUGCGCUUGGCCUCCCUUUUCCCCGCUCUUUUCAGCCGCGAGAACUACGGCCGCCUGCAGCUCGUCACCAGCUCCAAGCAUCGUUGCGUAGACAGCGGCGCGGCCUUCCUGCAGGGGCUAUGGCAGUACUACCACCCGGGGUUGCCGCCGCCCGACGUUGCAGACAUGGAGUGUGGACCACCAAGAAUUAAUGAUAAACUAAUGAGGUUCUUUGAUCACUGUCAGAAGUUUUUAACUGAAGUGGAAAGGAAUGCUACAGCUCUUUAUCAUGUAGAAGCCUUCAAAACUGGACCAGAAAUGCAGAACAUCUUAAAAAAAGUUGCAGCUACUUUGCAAAUGCCAGUCAACAAUUUGAAUGCAGAUUUAAUUCAGGUAGCAUUUUUCACCUGUUCAUUUGACCUGGCAAUUAAGGGUGUUAAAUCUCCUUGGUGUGAUGUUUUUGACAUAGAUGAUGCAAAGGUAUUAGAAUAUUUAAAUGACCUGAAACAAUAUUGGAAAAGAGGAUAUGGGUAUACUAUUAAUAGUCGAUCCAGCUGCACUCUGUUUCAGAAUAUCUUUCAGCACUUGGACAAAGCAGUUGAACAGAAACAAAGGAGGUUGCUCCUGAAGCUGUCUUCUGACUUUUCCUCUCUCCUUCUGAUGGCUGAUCAAGGCCAGGAGUCCUGGGGCUCACGUGCCUCCUGAGAAAGCCUGGACCAGCUGAGUGAGAGGUGUCCUCAUAUGAGCAGGAAGAUGCCAUGUGAAGAUACACGAGGAAAACACCAUGUGAUGACAGGCAAAGAUUGGAGUGAUGCAGCUGCAAGCCAGUGAACACCAAGGAUUGACAGUCACCACCAGAAGCUAGGAAGAGGCAAAGAAGGAUUCUGCUACAGCUUUCAGAAGGAACAGUGCCCUGCCAACACUUUGAUUUCAAACUUCUAGCCUCCAGAACUGUGAGACAAUACAUUUCUAUUGUAUUAAGCCACCUAGUUUGUGGUACUUUGUAAUAUAAUAUCUUAGAUAUAAUUAUUAUGGUUGUUACUAUUAUUAUUACCAAGUGCAAGCCCUGAGCAAAGCACUGGGGAGACUAUGGUGGAAAAGACCCAGUCUCUGCCCUCGGGAUGAUUAUAGCCUGGAUCCGUGCUUGGAGGGCUGUGAUGAACGGCUUGAUACCAGCUGGUGGGCUCUUUUCAGAGUAGGACCACAGUAGGGAAAAGCAAGUGGGAAGGCAGUCAGCAGUUCAAGAAAGACUUUCCACAGGAGAUAUUAUUUCUGGGGCUAGUAAGGUCAGGUAGGUAAGAAGGCUGCAUACAUUGUUCCAGGCAGAGACAGUACGUGAAGACCACUGAGAUCAAAGAGGUGACCACUAACAUCUCUGAAAUCACAGCUGCCAUUUCUUUCAGCCUUUGGUCUCUAGGUUGUCUGGAAAUAAGACAAUGAGUUCCCUUAACAUGGCCAAGUGUCCUCAUGUUUUUUCUUGACUGCCUGGAUCAUCAAUUCCCCUCUUUACAGUUGAGUGCUCGUCACAUUUCAUUUGAAGGCUCUUGGAAAGAAGACUGCAAAAUGCUACGAGCGGGAUUCUGUGUCCCUUACAGGAGUCUCUCUUGUUCUAGCAUUGGGCUGACACAACCCGUUUGUUUGCUUCAGUAUUUCCACCCAGUCCAGGUUCUAGUCUCCCUGAUGCUUUUCAGAUAAGGCUGUGUCAACAUCUGGGAUUUGUCCUUGGUUAAGCAACACAUCUUGCCUCUUCUAGGUUUCUGCUGUGCAUAUUCUCUCAAAAAUGGCCCUUCGUCAGAAACUUACCUAAAUAGCCCACAAUUUUUCCUUAGAACUUUCAAGAAAAUUGCUUUUAUUCUUGUUGAAUUCACUUGCAGUUUUAUUUUUAGUAUCUUCAUUUUUAGAACUUUCCAUCUCCAUUGAAUAUAAUAUUCUCUUUGGCGUCUUCUAGCCAUGGAUUCAUAUGUCUUCUCUGUGAAUGUUUAAAGUUUGUUUUCCUAAAGUUGGAGAUAUUUGUCCAUUCAGUGAAUUAGUAUUUACUGAGCAUCUCCUAUGUAAGAGGCACUUAGGUGACUGAGCACAACAAUGAUCCACACCCUCACAGUACUUACAGUUGGUGAAGAUAAGAUUUGUAUCUAAUCUGGUUAUGUGUUCUGUUGGGGUUUGUUUGUUUAUAGAUUAUGAGCCCUAAUGUUCACAGAGACACUGUCAAGAUUCUGACAGGAAAGAAAUAAAAUACUGACGUGGUGUCAUUGAGGAGAAUCUAAUGAAGGGACUGUUCACAAAAUUGUGGACAGGGUUAACAGAAGCCAAAGGCUAGCAAUGACAGGACACUAUCACCACUUCUCUGUCUGAAGGUCCAGAAGAGGGCUGUAAUAGAAGCACAGAGGCACCCAGAAGGAGAAGUAGCAGCCAGUACCAAUUUGCAGCCUGCCAGGGAGGGAUCAAAGGCAUUAAGAACCUGUGAUGAUUAAUUUUAUAUGUCAGCUUGGCUAGCCCAUGGUACCCAGUUUUUGGUCAAACAGCAGGCUUGAUAUUGCUAUGAAGGUAUUUUUUGGAUAUGGUUAACAUUAAAUCAGUAGACUUUGAGUAAAGCAGAUCACCCUCCAUAAUGUGUAUGGGCCUUGUCCAGUCCAUUGAAGGCCUUAAUAGGAAAAAAGACUGAGGUCACCCGAGGACAAGGGGUUCUGCGUCCAGACUGCAUUUGGGCUCCAGAUUGCAACAACUCUUCCUUGGGUCUCCAGCUCUUGGCCUUCCCUGCAGAGUUUGGACCUGCUGGCCCUUCACAAUUGUGUGAGGAUAUUCCUUAAAAUCUUACAUAUAUGUGUAUACACACACACAUAUACGUAUAUCUAGAACUACAUACAUACAUAUAUAAUUACAUACAUACACAUAUAUGUAACUACAUAUAUACACACAUUCUAUUCAUUCUGUCUCUCUGGAAAACCCUGAAUAAUACAGCCCCUAACCUCUCUCUCUUCUACUGCCCUUUAGUUUCCUGCCAGUGUCUGUCAAAUGCAGCCAAGCUGGGGGAAAGUGAGCCAUGGACUCUGCCCAUAGUGGUCAGCAUCCUGGGGCACAGAGUAGAGUGGAUCUGGAGAGGCAAGUCAAGACUAGCAGGCAGCAAUGUUUACUUUCCCACAGAGAGGCAUUUUGAGAAAUCUGGUGGUGCUGUUAAUGGCUUAAGACCUUUCACUGGCUCUGCAUCCCUGAUACAGCAAAGCUGAAGCUCCUGGCCCACACAGCCAGCUGCAUUCCUGUUGAGCUGCAGCCUCAGCUCUUCCUUCUUCACCAGGCUCCUGCUCUGCCUCUCCCGCACCGUCCACUUUGUGUUUCCAUGGUAAUUCCCUGGAGCACCUGUAAUUCCUUACGCCAAGCAGGUCUUUUCAUGCUGCUGUGCCUCUGUACACAUCAGUCCAUCUGCCUGGGCUGCUCUUUGCCCUUCCGUCCUCUUGCAAAUUCCUGCUUAUCCUGCCAAAUUACAGCUCACGUGUCACAUGCCUUGUGAAAUUCAUGAUACCUCUUCUAUUUGCUCAGCCCCAGAGUCCCGCCAGGCUUCCUCUCUGUCACCUCUUUGUGACACACAGGAUGCACUCACUGAUCACAGAGAUUUCACUUAUUUAUGUAGAGUCUGCCUUCCCUGCUGCACUGGCAGUGCCAUGAGGGCAGCCGUGGGGUGUGAGCCCUCUCCAUAUCCAGCAGAGACUCAAAGCUCAGAGGACAAGGGCUGGGGAGCACAGUGACCUAUGAAGACGUUCUGGGGCUUCUCACUGAGCUGCCAAUGUGCUCUUCUGGGGAGAGUUUCCAACUACAACUCCAGCUUUUAAAACCCACACAUCUGAAUGUACCUGCCUUUCUGCAUGUCACACAUUUUUGAGACAGCCUAGGAAAUGUACUGAAGACAUUAGCAAAUAUCUGAUGUCAACUCACUCCUUCCAACUACCCACAGUGGUAAGGAAACACACUGAGCUACAUUCUUCAGCUGCUGCUGGCAGAAUGAAGUGCAUAAAAAGCAGUUCAACAGUUGGACAAGGUUCUCUUGGUUUAUUUCAUCCUGAGGUCUGAGCACCAAGUCAAGCUGUUCUAAAGCCCUUUUCAAAAUGGUUUAGUCAGUUGUACACUAGAGACUCAUUUCAUGGAAGUUUGUUAAGGGAAGGAUUGCACAUGACACACAGAUUUCUGUGUCAGGGGAGGUGAGGGGAAAACAAACAUGUUAUUUAGUCCAGUUUUUUUUAAUACAAACCCCGAUUCAUGUUUCCUUAAAGUAAAUGAUAAUGUCCAAUUUCUAAUCAGUUUCCAGAAUCUCUCUAAACAUAACACUGAAUUCCGCACUGGCAAUAAAUGCUGAAAGGCUGUAUUUCUAGCUUAAGUUCUUUGCAAACACUGCCCGAUCCGCUGAGAAUGAGGCUCUUCUUGAUUGCUUAGGAAGUCUGGGAUCAAGAACAGAAUGGCCGAAAUAUAAUAACCUAAUGAGGAGAAUAACUCAAAAUGCAAUCCUGCUAUGUUGUGUCAGUUCACAAAGGUUUAAUGCCUGAAAGAUUCUCUUCCACAAAUUUUUAAUUGGUGAUACGCAUGUGCUAGGCACAGAGUUGGUUGAUGAGAGGAAGCUCAGUGAGACGUGUUCCUCCUUCAAGGAGCCCACGGUGUGUGGGGCAUCUGGCGCCUCACAGUUAACUAUACCUUAAACCAGGGGAAGGAGAGGUUUGCGGGGACACGCUCAGAAAGCUUUGUGAGGGAAUGACAUUUCAGCCUUGAAAAAUGGUAGGAUUUCAACAACUAGAUAUGGGGGAGAAUGUCAUUCUAGAAAACAGGAACAGUGUGGCCAAGGCUUCAGGCAGGUUAUUAUGUGCAGGGUCCCCUCAGUGAACAGCGGCCAUGUCUAUAGCAUUAGGUGCAUUGGGAUAGGUGACUAGUGGAAGACAGGGCUCAGAACCCGGCUUGGGAGUUGUAUCUUAAGGGACUUGAAUGCCUCCAUAGAGAAUUUUAGUCAAGGAGCAUUAGGGAGCCAUGCACAGUUUUGGCAGGACAAGGCAUGAUUCAAUUUGUGCCUGGAGUCAGUGACUCUGGGAGAAAAGCAUGUAAUGAAUGGAUUUAAAGAAGGAAAGGUUAAGAGCUCUCUUCAUCUUUAUAACUUUUCUUCUUUAUAACAUACUCCUUAGAUUUUAUAGUGUGUUACACAUUAACAGGUACCAGUUGUGUAUCCAUGCCCUUCUUCCUUCCUUGGAACACAGACUUACUGUCACAGUAAAAUUAUCCCCUCCCUCUCUCAUAAGGAAGAUAAUCACUAGAAUUAUGAUACAAGUAGCUUUCUGGAUGCAACUGACUUGAGUUUCUUGCCCCUUCUAGGAAAGUUUAAGUACUGCUUUAAAAUAUUUACUACAAUAUUUGACUUAAAAUUGAAAUGUGAGCUUUUAUUUUAAAAUAAAUAAACUCUUUGAUCUACUAACUCCAUGGAUGGAAGUUUGUCUUAAGGAAAUAAUCAGGGCCACACAUACAUAUUUGUAGGAAAUUCAUCUCUGUAUUUCAUGAAACAGUAAAAAAUCGGAAGCAGCCUAAGCAACCAAAAGGAGACUGGGUAAAUAAGUUAUGCAGCCAAUGA